AAGGAUGUCACUUUGCUGCGACGCGAAUUUGGGAGCUUUCGUUUCAGUUGUAAAAGUUUAGUUUGCAUUUUACAAACGAUUUGGGAAUUCGAAAGUUGUGAAAAAUUCGAAGAAAAAAAGGCAAUCAAAGUAUUUUGCAAUUGAGAAAUUUGGUUGAAACGUCAGACAAGGUACUAAAGAUCUAGGACAAACAGAACUAAAGUCCAAAUGUCUUCAACAUCUCAAAAGCACCGAGACUUCUUGUCAGAACCUAUGGGUGAAAAGGAGGUGACAUCUUUAGCAGGGAUUGGCCCAGUCCUCGGAGAGAGACUCAGCAAACAAGGUUUUGAUAAGGCCUAUGUCGUGUUAGGGCAGUUCCUCAUCAUGAAGAAAGACAGCGAACUGUUUCAAGAUUGGUUGAAAGAAGCAGUACGAGCGAAUAAAAAACAGGCAGACGAUUGUUCAAAUUGUUUGAAGGAAUACUGCAAUGCAUUCUUGUAGAGGCAAUGGCCUGUAUUUAGAUGCUGUGUUACAUGUAAAUAUGAACAUUAGUCUGGUAAGGGAGCGUCCAUUAAGUACGUACGCACGAAAAUGCCAAUUUUGAGACACCCCCCUCCCCCCUGUAUGCACCUUGUACGCAUUGCCUCAUACCCCCCCCCCUCCCCUCGUACGAGCAUACGCCUAUAGAACCUUGAAUUCCCUAGCAGACGAACAGACAUAGUACCUGAUUUUGCUACACUGUGGCGCCACAAUCGGAUUGGCGUGGUAUUGGCAAGUCAACUGCGCAAUUUUUCUCCGACGGCGACACGCAUAAUACCGGGAAAUUAAACGGCGCUGGAAAUUGCUAAAACAUUGUAGUCGAGUAACAUCCGAACCCAGAAGCGUAUGAGUUCACACAUCUUGUGAAGAACAAGUAUGAUUAUCCAAAUAAGAAUAAAAAAGAGGAGAAGAUUAUUAUGAUAAUAUAUUUAUUUUUUAUUUGUUCAAAAAAUGGUUCUUGGGUUGCGUACGUACGCAAGACCAUUAACCCCCCUCCCCCCCUGUACGCAUAGUGUACGAAUUUCAUAGACCCCCCCUCAGUGCGUACGUACUGAAUGGUUGCUCCCUAAGGAUAGCCAGGGCCUUCUGUCUUAAAAUUCCUUGCUGGAGGUGGUAUAUUGAAUGAAUCUCGUCACUUCACAGUUACGUCAUGUACAUCAUCUGUAGCAAUAAAAGAAUCUUGGCUAAAGUUGUCAGAGUGAAAAAACGGGAGGAGAAGAGUUAAGUUUUGAGCUGAACUUAAUACACUGUACACAAUUUAUAUGUCAAUUAAGUAACCUUCCAAUAUCCAAUGACCAUAGUAACGUCAACAGGGCCAAAGCUGCUCUUUUUGCAAAUAAACAAAUGAUGAUUAAACAAAAGAGUUUGCCAGCUGUAAAUCUAUUCUAGCUUUGUCUUACAUGAAAAUGCAUUAGCUGGUUUAGCAAAAGAUAUUUUAUCGGGUAAGUGUCGCUAUUUCGGUGCAUCUUGCUAAUUAAUGGGAAGGAACAAUGUACAUGUAACUCAAGCCCAGUAUCAUUUCAUAUGUCCGUGUAUAUAAGUUCUGGAAUCGUGGUAAUGAAAUUGAAUGCCAUAAUAUUGCGGUUUCGUUAUCUUGCAACUUUGACACCCAUGUAAUGAAUUUUCGUCAGACACUGCACUCAGUCACAGUGCUGUUUGCUGAUGACCAGUAGGUUAGCAUGCUUCAUCAAGGAUGAUUUCGGAAAUCUCUCACACUAGUCACAGUGUCUCUCAGUGCCUCAUCAAUAUAUAUAUGUAUGCUUUAAAUGUAUAUGUGCUAUCAGCUUGUUCUUAAACUGUUUUCAUUAAACCAAUAUCUUUUUGCCAGAGUGUUCAAUUACAAAAGCACAAUAUUGCCAUUAUUUUGUUCAUGCAUGAAUAUUGUAAGAUGUGCUUCACGACACAUUAUGUAACAAUGUGAACUCACCAUUUGGUCUCAUAUUUUAUCACAUGUUAAGACUUCAUCGGGAUUUUGCAAAAACCCUUUGCCAUGGGCAGUAUGGAUUAUUCUGGCCCGUGAUAUCACCUGAGGCCAGAGGCCAAACGUAAUAUCACUUUUAAAGGGACAGAAAAAUUCAUAUUGGCUUAUUUUUGUUUUUGUUGUACAUCAAUGCACAUGUAACAACAUGUCAGCAUGAUGUUAUGAGCUAACAUGCUUUCUAUUAUUAACCGGACCCUCGGGUGUUCAAUUCAUGUGCAUUAAAUUUUUGAUGAAUAAAUAAGUUUUGAUAGAAAA